AUGGAGGAAAAUCAGACAAUGGUCACAGAGUUCAUCCUGCUGGGAUUUUGUCUUGGCCCAAGGAUUCAUCUAGUUCUUUUUCUACUUUUCUCUCUCUUCUAUACUUUCACCAUAUUGGGGAAUGGGAUUAUCCUUGGAAUAAUCUGCUUGGACUCCAGACUCUCCACUCCGAUGUACUUCUUCCUGUCCCACCUGGCCGUUGUUGAUAUGGCCUAUGCCUGCAACACAGUGCCCCAGACGCUGGUGAACCUUUUGGAUGAGACCAAGCCCAUCUCCUUUGCCGGAUGCAUGACCCAGACUUUUCUCUUCUUGGCUUUUGCACACACUGAAUGUGUACUCCUUGUGGUGAUGUCCUACGAUCGCUAUGUGGCCAUCUGCCACCCCCUACACUACACCGUCACCAUGAGCUGGAGAGUGUGUGCCCUCCUGGCUGCUGUUUCCUGGAUAUUUAGCUUUCUCCUGGCUCUGGUCCAUUUAGUUCUCAUCCUGAGGCUGCCCUUCUGUGGGCCUCAUGAAAUCAACCACUUCUUCUGUGAAAUCCUGUCUGUCCUCAGGCUGGCCUGUGCUGACACAACACUCAACCAAGUUGUCAUCUUUGCCGCCUGUGUGUUCAUCUUAGUGGGACCACUAUGCUUGGUUCUGAUCUCCUACACACGCAUCCUGGUGGCCAUCCUGAGGAUCCAGUCAGGGGAGGGCCGCAGAAAGGCCUUCUCCACCUGCUCCUCCCACCUCUGUGUGGUUGGGCUCUUCUUUGGCAGCGCCAUCGUCAUGUACAUGGCCCCCAAGUCCCAGCACCCUGAGGAGCAGCAAAAGAUCCUAUUCCUUUUUUACAGUUUUUUCAACCCCAUGCUUAACCCCCUGAUCUACAGCCUAAGGAAUGCUGAAGUCAAGGGUGCUCUCAGAAAGGCACUGUGCAAAGAAAGUCAUUCCUGGUUGGUGUGA